UUAUAUUCCACUAAUUUUUCUGCAUUGUUCUGACAAUCUCCUCAGAAUUUGGUCUUAGCAGAUUCCGGCAUCUAUCGUUGUAAUGCUAGCAACAAGUAUGGAAUGGUUUCAGCAACAAGGACACUUAUAGUUCGAUUCAAGAUAAGAAUUGAAGUCUCUCCAUCGAAUCUGGAGGUGAACAAAGAGGCAGAUGCAAAGUUCAUGUGUGCUGCCACAACUGACUCCAUGGAGGUCAACAACCUGCAGAUCACAUGGCUGAAGGAUGAUAAGGUCAUAGACAUUGAUGAGGAAAGAGUCAUCCAGAAUUACAAAACUGGUUCAUUGACCAUCAGGAAUGUAACCAGAAAUGAUGUUGGCCGCUAUACAUGUGUGGCCACAAAUGGAUUGAAUGUUGUCAAUGCCUCAGCCCUUCUCACAAUCAAAGUUACAGGUACCCAGCCACCUGUGAUGUUAAUCAACCUACCUGCCCAGGUACUGUUUAAAGAGUCAGAGAUUGUGGCACUUCCAUGCAAGGCCAGUGGUGAACCACAACCUAC